GCCUUCACUUAGUAGCAGCAUUCACAAAACCAAAAACUUCUUUAUCUCUUAAUUAGUAUUUAUAUAGUCAUAAGUCCUAUAUUAUAGAUAGAUAAUUAUGUCAGAUUUGAGUUUCCUUCAGUUUCAAAGCGAUAGUUCUAUAGAAAAAUCUUGUUCUCCACCCAAAAAUUCAUCCUCCAAUUCGAGUUUCCAGCCAAAGGAAGAGGAAAUAAAAUGGGUGUUCGACAAAUUCGACGCAAACAAAGACGGCAAGAUCUCCUUUGAAGAGUUCAAAGCCGCGAUUAUCACCGUGGGUUGGAAUCUCGGUGAUGCCGAGGCUUUGAACUCGUUCAAGGCCAUCGACACCGAUGAAGAUUCUUUCAUCGAUUUCGACGAGUUCAUGGGGAUGUUUAAGGGGGAGGAUAACGAUGACGAGAACGUGAAGCAGAUGGAGAUGAAGAGCGCUUUCCAAGUGUUUGAUUUGAAUGGUGAUGGGAAGAUUAGUGCGGAGGAGUUGUCCCAAGUUCUCAAGAGGCUUGGCGAAAAUUGUAACGUUAGUGAUUGUAAGAAGAUGGUGAUGGGUGUGGAUGGUAACGGUGAUGGGUUUAUUGACUUGAAUGAGUUCAUGACCAUGAUGAUGAGUGGCAACAAACUGCCUUAAUUAAGUGGAAUUAGAAGAACCACUAUGCUGUUUACAAUUCAAUAUCAGAGACUCAAAUAGUGCAAUUGGAAUUUCAAUAAUCAAUUUGUAUGGAGGCUAAUUAUUUCAUUAUCAUAGGAUAAAGAAUGAUUUCUACUUGGUAGAAUCCAUAUAUACUUUAUUCUAUAAUGAUACGAACAGAUGAAUCAUCUUAUCAAUUCUCUCAAGAGUUGGAAAGAUUAGCCUCUUGAUAUGGACAUCAUGCUCAAAUAUUCGACAUGUGUUCCGUUUCACUUUAGGUCU